AUGUCAACGGAUAGUACAGAAGAACCUCUUGCUACUCUUUCUGCAAUUUCGGAUUCUACCGCUGACCAAACACCACCGGUAAUAGCAGAUGAAUAUACAUUAGAUCUGCCCAGAAUUCCAAGUUUAGAGUUACCACUUAAUGUCUCCACAAAACACUCCAGCAUACGAAAAGCCAUGAAAAUGUGUGGGGGUAUUGAAAAAGUUAAGGAAGCCUUCAAGGAACAUGGCCCCAUCGAAUCACAAAACGGGUUAGAAUUGUAUUUAAACGAUGGUUACGAUAGAGACGGAUCUAAAAAUUAUUUCAACGAGCACCCUAUAAUUGGUAAGAGGGUUCCCUUUAGAGACGAGUCUGUCAUCUUAAAAGUCACAAUGCCUAAGGGAACUCUGGCAAAAAAUAAUAAUAGUGUCAAGUGUUCUAUCAGUUCUCUGAAGGACUCAAACGAAUUAAGGGUUACUCCUGUAACCAUAGUAGAUAAUACCAUAAAAUUCAGAGAAAUGUCGGAUUUUCAAAUCAAACUGGAUAACGUCCCUUCCGCAAAGGAGUUUGAAAGUAGUUUCGGUUCCUUAAAAUGGGAUAAUUUUAAAAGUUUUGUCAAUUCUGUGCCAGAUAACGACUCCCAACCUCAGGAAAACAUAGCCAAUUUGAUUUUAGAUCGUAGCGUUAUAAUUCCAGGUACAGAUUUUCAAUUGCCGCCACCGCCCAAAUUAUCAAUGGUUGGUUUCCCUCUACUUUAUAAAUAUAAGGCUAAUCCAUUUGCAAAGAAAAAGAAAAACGGUGUCACGGAGGUCAAAGGGACAUACAUCAAAAACUAUCAAUUGUUUGUCCACGAUCUAAGUGAUAAAACAGUUAUUCCUUUCCAAGCUCAUGAGCAGUUACUCGAAGAUUUUGAGGCGGCCAAGAAAACAAAAGUCUACCCAGGUACUAAAAGGGACUCCAAAUUUUACCAAUCAUUAGAGGAAUGUCUGCAAAUUCUAAAAGAAUUAUUUGCUAAGCGUCCCAUCUGGGUUAAAAGGCAUCUUGAUGGGAUUGUGCCGAAAAAGGUACAUCAUACCAUAAAGAUAGCACUAGCACUCAUAUCUUAUCGUUUCACUAUGGGACCUUGGAGGAACACCUAUAUAAAGUUUGGAUUAGACCCUAGAAGCUCUGUAAAAUAUGCUCAGUACCAAACCGAAUAUUUUAAGAUUGAAAGAAAGUUAUUAUCUUCUCCUCUAGUGAAAAAAAAUGUACCCAAACCACCACCAUUAGUAUUUGAAUCCAACACUCCAGGCGAUAUUGAUGAUAGGUUCAAAUUUGAUGGGAAAAGAGUACCAUGGUACUUGAUGUUGCAAAUUGACUUAUUAGUCGGCGAGCCAAACAUUGCAGAAGUUUUUAACAAUGUUCAAUAUUUAGAUAAGGCAAAUGAAUUGACAGGAUGGUUCAAAGAAUUGGACUUAGUCAAGAUGAGGAGAAUAGUGAAAUACGAACUUGGCUGUAUGGUUCAAGGAAACUAUGAGUACAAUAAAUACAAAUUGAAAUAUUAUAAGACAAUGCUAUUUGUUAAAGAAUCCAUGGUGCCGGAAAGCAAGAAUGCAGAAGGGGGAAACACAGGCGUUAACACCAAUACGGAUGCAGAUGGGGAUAUAAAUAUGGAUGUCAGUACUGAAGGGCCACUCAAGGCCGCAACUGAGGGGGCUGAUAUUACUACUGGUGAUGACGAUGACGAUAAUGAAGCAAUAACUGAGGGACCAGAUGACGCUGCGUUAGAGAAUGAAGAAAUGGACACAGAUCUGAACUUAAACGUGCCUGCAAGUAUAGACGAAGAAGGGGAUGACGUUGAUGCAGACGAAGAAGAACAAGAUAGUUUUGAUAUCAAAACAGCGAGCUUCCAAGAUAUCAUCGAUAGGAUAGCCAGGCUCGAUCCCAAAACCGCUGAAACAAUGAAAAGAGAACUUAAGGGAUUUGCCAAUGAAGUUAAUUUGUAA